AGUACAUCAAUGCACGUGUAGCAUUUGUCAACCUUGAAAAGACUACAAAACAACUAGCUGAUAUCUUAUGUGUCACAACGAAUCGUUCCAGGGAUGCCAGUAACAAGACUACUAUACCCUCUCUACCAGCUGGGUAACCCUCAGCUGAGGAUCUUCAGACCCAACUGGUUCCUGACACUGGUGAGGCCGGGAAAAGAGCAGCCUCCUGACACUGCCCAGUUUCGCAUCCCAAUGGAAAUGACCAAGUAUGACGUAAAAAACUACCUGGAGAAGAUCUAUAACGUCCCUGUUGGAGCAGUCCGUACCAGGAUACAAUUUGGCUCCAACAAGAAGAGGAAUCACCUAAACCAGAAGGUUAAGCAGCCUGACUAUAAAGUAGCCUACGUUCAGCUGGCCCAGGGCCAGACGUUCACCUUCCCUGACAUCUUCCCGACAAAAGAGCAGACGGUGGUGGAGGGCUCCAUGGAGGAGAUGCAGGAGAAGUUCAUGGAGGACGAGAAGCAGAGGCAGAAACUCGACCCCAGGAGAGGAGGGGUCACUGAGUGGUUCGGACUCUGAGACAGCCCACUGACCGGGAACUCUGGGCCCGUAUGUGAGCGUGGGUGUUUCGUUGGGAGCAACAUGCAUUGAUUUACAACGCGACUGUUGUGACGUCACUUCUAUUUCUGUAAGAAAACACUCACAAGUGUGUAGUGAAGAAGAAUGAGGAUGUGUGUGUGAGACUGGAUGCAUGUGUUUGGUGAGUGCGUGUGUGUGCGUGUGCGUGCGUGUGCGUGCGUGCGUGUGCGUGCGUGUGUGUGUGUGUGUGUGUGUGUGUGUGUGUGUGUGUGUGUGUGUGUGUGUGUGUGUGUGUGUGUGUGUGUGUGUGUGUGUGUGUGUGAGAGAGAGAGAGAGCUUGUGCGAGGCUUUAGUCCAGUAACCCGAGCCAGAACAGAAUCACAAGAGGAGGAGAGUGGCCCAGCUCCAUCUUUCAUGAAACCAGCCCACUGUACAUAAUCUCCAUCACCUCAGAUGACCUCCUCUCCUUCCUCCUCCCACUCAUCCCGUCCCACCCCCUUCUCCUUUCACUCCUCCUCUUUGGCACUUCUGCCUCUGCACCUCCUCUUUCGUUGUCUCUCCUCUGUCCUCAGGAGUGUCCUUUCCUACCCGUCCUCUGCUGUCCCUCUUUCUCCUUGUCCCUCUCCCACACUCCUCUUCCUCUGCUGCGCUGGGGAGUGGUAUAUUGUGGUAUCCCUAGUAGCCCUGACUCUUAGCCAGUUGGAUCAGACUACCUGGACAACCCACAUACUUUGCUCUUUUAUGAGUUUGCCUUGGAUUAAUUGACCACUUUAGGUAAACAACAAUUGAGAUGUUGUUUCAGCAAAAGCAACGAUAUGGAAUUUGCUGGACUAUUUUAUUAUUUUGUGGUAGCACCUCCUGCCAUAACUCAUGAGAGAAGAUUGUACCCAAUGUUUGUGUGUGUGUGUGUGUGUGUGUGUGUGUGUGUGUUUGCCUAGCACGGGGGACUUGCCAGUGAAUAUGUCUAAUUGUAAGUGCUGUUGGAAUAAGAACUAAUAA